AUGACGGCGAUCCAGGUUGCAACAGUUGACGUGCCAGACAACCUUGUGGAUGUUGUAGGUACCGGGACCAGAACCGUUUUCGGAAGCGUCACCACCGGUUUUCCGGUUGAAGACAAAAGUCUCGAAGUCCCAAAUAGCUCUGGAGAACAAACCAGCAGCAAUCAGGUAAAGAAUAGCGGUGGAGAUGCACAAGAAAAGUUGCAAAGAAACGGUAGAACCACCAUAGAACAACAAAACUCCGACACCAAUACCGGCAAUCAAACCACAAACGACUGGAAGAGGGAAGGAAGAGGCUGGAGUACCGAUACCCACACCACCGACGAAAACGACGGCUUCCAAACCUUCUCUCAAACAGGUGAUGAACGGAAGAAUGAACAUGGCGUAUUUCUUGACAAUGUAACCAAACUUGAACCGUUCAGCCUUACUAGCAGGAGGCUCAAUGAGGGCUCUGGCGAUCUUGACUCUCCAUUUGGCUUGCAUCUUGUUAACUCUCAACAUGGCAAUACCCAUGAUGGAAAUCAAAAUGGUUGCAAUCAAGGAGAAAAUACCUUCCCAUAA